GUAUAUGCAUACAAAAAGAACAAGAAACAUUUUACAUAAUUCAAUUCUAAUUCUAUAUAUCGGGCAUUAGAGAAAUAAAUUUUUAAGUUUAAAUAAUUAUUCAAAUAAAAUUUUGAUUUCAUUUGUUAUUUGCUUAGUUAAUUUAUCUCAAUUUAUCCUGCUUUAUCUUAAGUAAGAUAGUAUUUGAGUAAUAAUGUAUUUCUUAACUUCCGCAUUAUGCGAUUGAAAUGAAAUGAAAUGUUUCCAAGGCAAAUAUUUCAUUGUAAAUGUAUUUCUUAUGCACGAAAAACAUUUGUCUCUUAUCUUCUAUCUUCUAUUAUUAUUUGAAAUAAUCUAAUAUUUCUUGAAUAAAUUAUUUGAAACUAAUCUAUUUCUCAAAUGAAAUGUUGGAAAUAAUUUGCAAAUAACUUUAUUGUCAAACAAAUUUCUUUGUCACUUUAUUUGGUCUAAUUAUUUGACUUGCUCGUUUAUUAUGUUCAUUUCAAGUAAAAACUGUUCAAUCCUGCAUUCAAACAUCUUUAUGUGAUUACAUAUGUGUAUUUGCAUAUUGUAUUUAUGUAGAACGGCUAUAAAAAGCAUGUAUUUUUCAAUGAAACAUUUCACUACCAAAUUACACGCACGCACACGCAUAUAUGAAGUCAUAUGAAAAUACAUACUACUACAUGAUAUGCAAUUUAAUAUAUUUAGACCUAAUUAAUCAGUAUAUAGUAAAUGCUACAAUAAAUAUAACAAUGCACAAAUGCUUUUUGUAGCCACUGUGUAUGAAAAUCAAAAGUGUGUUUACAUGUAUAUAGGGAAAUAUCUCGUUACUUUGUCCACUUUCAAAUAUAUAGUGUUUUGUUUCUUUUUUGAAUUGUAUUCAAUAUACAUACUUUACUAGUUUGAAAGAAAACAGAAAGAGUUGCCAGAAACUUGUAUCUCUUAUGUUGCAUUGUCUAAUUUAUUUCAUUCCUCUUUGUCAGUAAAAAUUAUAUUAAAAUAAAUUCACGUUAGAAUAUCUUUGUGUUUUUCUAAAAUGCGGUGAAACAUAAUCUACUGUUUAAAGUGAAACAUUGCAUUAUAACGUAAAUGUUCUUGCUUAUAGCUCAUAGAUUACGACAUAGAGUUGCUCUUUAUGGAUACAUUGCCGCACUAUAGGCAUCUAGACACAGUGAUGAAAACAAGUAUUGUUCGCACAGAUCAGCUUGAUGAAGACAAGUCGAAAAUGUAGAACCAAAUUGUUUCAUAGGGUGCUCGUUUUCUUUCGUUUCUGAGAAAAAUUCGUUUCUGAGAAAAUGAAAUUUGAAAAUUGAUCAAGUACGCGUGUGCCAGGCUUAUUCUACUAAAAAUGUUCUACAUUUUUCACUUAUUUCCGCGUGUGGAAUAACCUGCUGCUGUGCUAUCCAACUCGUGCCCAGUUGCUGAAUAAUGUGGCGGAUAAUGGAAUUGGCCGGAUGACAAAAGAUAACUUGCAACGUUGACUACUGAUAAAAACGGCCCCAAAUUAAGCGGCAAGUCGACAACGAAAUUGUAGUAGACUCACAGGGAUUGAAUUUAUUUCUGUACGCGAUGUGCAAUAACAAUAAGGAAAAUAAAAAUACAGUCUCCAGACAUAGGCCAAUCAAAGUCACAACAAUUGGAGAUGGUACUGUAGGCAAAACAUGUAUGCUUAUUACAUAUACAACAAAUGAAUUCCCUUCAGAAUAUGUGCCUACUGUCUUCGAUAACUAUGCAGGCUCAAUAUGUGUAGAUGGACAAGAAUUUGAUAUGACUUUAUGGGAUACUGCUGGUCAGGAAGAUUAUGAACGAAUCAGACCUUUAUCUUACCCAAAUACUGAUUGCUUCUUGAUCUGCUUUUCAGUAAAUUCUCGCACUUCUUAUGAAAAUGUUGCAAUCAAAUGGCAUCCAGAAAUUAAACAUCACUGUCCAAAUACACCUAUAGUGCUUGUUGGUACAAAAGGGGAUCUUAGAAAUCAAGAAAAUGUGGAUACAAUUACUUUCAAAGAAUGCAAAAAAAUGAAAAAGAAAGUAAAAGCUUAUAAAUAUGUCGAAUGUUCUGCUUUGAAAUGUGAAAACUUAGAGGAAGUUUUCACUGAAGCGAUUCGAGCAGUACUGAAAAAACCAUCAAGCAAACUUUGUUGUUCAUUUUGAAGCUUAACUUAUAAAAUAAUAUUUAUAAUUAAUUAAUAGGAAAUAUUGAUUUAUAGUAAUAUUAAUGGAUAAAAAUAUUAACUGUAAGAUCUUUGGACCCUACAGUUUUCCUACAUUUCCUCCAACAUUCAAAAUUUAAUAAAACGAUUAUAAAUAAUAUCAAACAACAAAUAAUUCAUAUUUUGUAAAUAUAUUAAUGCUGAUUACAGAAUCAAGUAGACUUCAUUGUACAUCUGUAUCAUAGAAUACCAUUAAUAAAAAGGAAUUUAUUUCAUCGA